AUGGUCGAGUCAAUAAUGGCGAGGAAGGAAGAAGGUGAGAGGACGAAGCAAGCCGCAGAUUGUGUGAUAACACUACCUACCUGUCUGUCUUCCUAAUAGGGUUUACUUCGCCCUCGGAAAGGUGGUUCCGUUAAAGAGGGUAGGCUGAGCCGGGGUAAGCAAUAUUAACGUGGUUCCCUCCAGUUCGGCGGUGACUAUACGGAAGAGAGAAAAUAAUCUCUAUUUUAAUGAAACCGCUAAUGCCGUGGAGUUUUCGUUUCUUCAUAAAGGUUUUCCUGGUGUUUUUUAAUUCUUAAGGAAAUUGAAAACUGACCUUCAUACGCACUAACAAGACAACAUUUUCUUUUAGAUAAAAUGCUUUUUAUGAUAUUUGAAUCAAGAUUUUUGGUGGAAAAAAUAAAAAAAAUGUUCAUAAUAAUAUGUUUUAUUUGGUGGUAAAUAAAAUUCAAGUAUAAUAUUAGGUAUUUUUUUUUUUUAAGCAUUUCAAGUUUUAAUUUUGACGAAAUUCUUAAAAAUUAUGGAAUUUUAAAACAUGUUUACUUAAACAUCGAUUAGAAUCAUAUUUCAUCAAAAAUGAUUUACCUUUAUGUUGAGAUAUAAAUUAAUAAUAUUAUGUAUCCUAUCUUUCUAUUAUUACCUAUUUAAAACAGUGAUAUACUCAUCAGUAUCAGUUCUUUUUUUACUUUAGAAAAAUAUGUAUUUUAAUUAUGUAUGUUAAAUUGAAAAUUGUUUGUGGUUUUUUUCACUCAGUAUUAUAAGCUUUAUAAAUUAAUAAUAUUAGAUAUUUUAAACAUUUGUAUAUACGAGUAUAAAUUGUACCUAUGAUUUAGACUAAAAAUCAAAAAAUCAGUAAAAUUUAAACAAAAUACACUUUACAUUAUUUAGUUCUAUAUAUAAAGCAAGAAAUAUAAGAAGUCUUCAAAUAUUUCGAAGUAUAGACCUCUAGGCCAGUGGUUUUUAAUCUAAGGGUCGCAAGUUAUAGUUAGGGCGUUACCAAAAACUAUACAUAUCAUGUAAACAGUAUAUCGUAGUAUUCAAGUUCUAUUAAACAAUUUUUGAAGAGGUCGUUUACAUGAAAAAUAAAUUAGAAAGUUGCGAUCCGUAAAAGGUUGAAAAACACUGCUAAUGACUUAAUUUAUUGCUAACAGAGAAUUUAUUUAAUAUCGUUCAAGUCCUUAAACUCUUUUUUUCUUUAUAAACGUAUAUAUGUACAAUAUACUACAUAAUUAUUCUACACCCACCUCAAACAAUACCAUCGUCCUAAGUGAUUCUUCUAGUGCGUUGAAAACAUUAAAUACUUGCACACAAGUAAUGAAUGAAUUAAUGAUAUAUAUCUACCACUUUAUUAUGAUGACAAGCGAACACUUCACUUGCUUACGAAUUUAUAUGCCUAUAAUUCUCUUUGUACAAUAAUUUGAACAACUCUUUUCCAUAUUAUUAUUAUUUCUUAUUUUUAGUAUUUUAUUAUUUAGCUUGUAUUAUUCAAUGUUUUUUUUUUUUUUUUUAAAUGUGAAAUCAUAGUUUUGCCUAUAUAGUAUAAUAUAAAUAGAUGUAUGUAUUUUAUCAUCUACGGGUAAUUAUACAACUAACAAAUAUGAAAUUAUUUUGCAAUAUCCCGGAAAAUUGAUAAAAAUGGUCCAGUGGUUUUAAAUAUGAAUAAGAAGUUAUAUUAAAAGAUAUUAACAAAUAGUAAGGAUGUGAAAAAGAAAUGAGAGGAAUAUUUUGAGAAAUUACUGAAUGAGGUGUAUCUAUUGAUGAUAGAAAUUAUAGAGUAUUUUGUAGAACGAUAAUCUGGGUGAUUUAGUUUGAGUGGAAACACGUAGUGAACUGUGAGAGCGGUAACAAAAAAAGCGAUAGGUUCACAUGGAAAAUGUCAUAUUAUGUUAGAGGGGACUGGUUAAAAGAUUUUGUUUAAUAAAGUGGUAGUGGAAGACCAAUUUUCAGACAAGUAAAGAAUAAGCAAGGAACAUAAAAAAUUAAAUAAUAUAAAAAUAUCACAUAAUUGGUAAAAAAUGUUCGGACUUUUACUAACGUUGGUUGUUUGUACAAAGAUUUACCAAAUCUCAUUUAUAAAAGUCCGGUCUACAAAAACCAUUCAGAGUUCGACCAAACUAUUUUGUGUAUCCUAAGUUUACCGGUAUUUAUACUUUUACAGUAACGCACACACACAUAUAUAUACAUUUAUAUAAGUGUAUGGAAAUUAUAGAGGUAUAAAAUAUAUUAGUUAAAGUAGUGAGAUAUCUAAAAACUAGUUUGGUUCAAUGCUAGAGAAAUAAAUAAUGGAGCUAUGUGAGAUAGAUUGCAUACAAGUAUAGAAAGAGAAGACAAAAAUAUAUAUAUUUUUUAUAAAUUUAGGGAAGCCAUACGAAGGAGUACCGAGAAAGGUUCUUAUGUGGCGUUAAUGAGAAAAAGAAUUCCGAAUCAAAUAUUAGUUUGAUAGUGGAUAUAUUCGAAGGUUCAAAUGUUAAUGUUAAAAACAUUAGUCUUUACCUGUUUUCUGUUGAAAUAGAUAAAGUUAUGAAAAAAAUACACACUAAGACCAUGGUGUCUCAUGCACAUGAUGUUUGCAGGUGAUACAGUUUUACUAAGAGUUCAUUAUCAAUAACACGAAUUAACGUGAUAUUAGAAAACCCAGUCGGUUUAAAAAUAUCAUGCAUUAAAAACGACUAUAAAAAUGUUACCAUAUGGUCGUACUAGAUCUCAACGGGUUUAAAAAUAGCAUAGGAUUCAAUAGUGGACAAAAUAAGAGAAAAUAAAAUGGUUUGGACGUAUUAUAAGGCGAGAAAAAUCGGAAGCAGUAAGAAUUUAUAUCAAAAAUAAACUGAAAAGAGAAGUUAAAUGCGAUUGAGAAUAUGUUAUAAGGAAGAUUGGUGUAUGUAAGAAUGACGUAGGAGAUCAGAUAAAAUGGAAGUUUAGAAUGCAGGUAGCUGACUCCAAAUAGUUGAAUGUAGGUGAAGGAGAAGAGAACAUAUUUUUUUCCAUCGAGUGAAGUGGGUAGAUUAGCUAGUCAGAGUGAAAUGCACAGAAGAAAGUUUGGGUGAACUGUGGUGUAGGUGCUAGUACUGGCGUACUACACAUAAUAAUAGUUAUCACAUGAUAGGUUCAAAAAGUGUGGGACUUUGGGGUAUAACCUUACCAAAAUUCAGUCAAACUUCCUAAAUCAAGUAAAUACUAAGUAUACUUGUCAAUAUCAGUAAAACAGACAUGGAAUGAAUAUCUGAAUAUAUAUAUAUUAUAUAUUUAUUUAAAUAUGUAAACACCCGGAGGGUAAUGAUCAGAGAACAAUAAUUAAUAUACAGUUAAAUUACAAUGAUAAGUAGAGGUACAGGGUAAGCAUGGUUGAGACGGCGCAACAUCCUAUGGUGAGGUUGAUUGUAGCCAUAAGACGUUUGAUGAGCUGGAAUGGAGAAGAUGGAGUGAUUUCGAAUGUAAUGUGAGGGGACGCGGAAAGAGAUAUUUACUAGUAAGUCAGGUGCAUAUAUUGUUGACAAAGCAUUACUAUCAACUGAACUUCGCUCAGAAUCGUUUUUUUGUAAGCAAUGGUUGUUUACAGAUAUACGUUAAAUUACCUAUAUCCGUAGCUGCAUGUAUUCCCAUUAUCUUAGGACGUCUUUUUAUUAAUAUUUCUAUAAUUAUGUAAAUAAUUACACAUAACUUGACCUGUUUUUCGAUUGAUAUUUUGUACCACAUUGUGAUUAAUAAUUAUUUAUUUAUUUAUUUUGUUAUAUAUGAGUAAGUAUUUAAAGGCAGUAGUAAUUCAAUAUUGCAUUUGAUAUUUGACGAAAUAUAUCUAAAAUUAAUAAUUGUUCUUUGUAUUCAGUUGUGGAUGGCGGUGACAAAUUCUUAAGAUACCAACAAACGAACCCGAUGGCCUCAUCGAUGGGCGAUGACCUAUCGCUCAGGGACCUUACGCAUCCGACACUGAAUGACUGCUUGAAAUCGCACAAUGCCGCUACAUUCAAGCUCGUCAAAACGGGUAAGUACUUACCUGUCAAAAGACAUAAUUAUUUUUAAUUUUUACGAUUCAUACAUCAUAUACCUUAAUGCAUUGGUUUAUACGUAUAUUUAGAUCACAUUAUCGUGGCACAUGUUUUAUAG